AUAAAUUCAUACUUUUAAUAUUGUUUAAAAUUUACAACUUAAGUCUCGAAUAACGAGAGGGAUAUAUCUCGUAAGCUUGCAAAACCGUUAAUUAAUAACUACCACUGUUAAUUUGCAAUAUCGAGUUUUGAGUCGCUCACUUACUUUCGCUGUGCGCUAAGAACUAGGUCUUCUCACCGCGGAAGAUAUUUUUAUUGCAUCCAAAUUAUAAAACUAUGAUUAAAACUCGCUGCUUGGUUCCUAGUAUCUAAUUAAUCAUCACAUUGUUAGAAAGUUGCGCAUAAUGCAGAAACUUUCAUAAGCUCGAUUAAAAUCGCUGCCAGUAUUACAUGCUUGGCGCGGCGCGAUAGGUCUUCUGUAGGAAAAUUACGUCAGGAACGUCUGCAACAACGGCGCGUGGAAAACAGAAAACAUUUCCAGCUUAGAAUAGACGCUAAUGGGCGAAUUGCUAAAUCUGCACUUUCACUUCGCACGAUCGUAUUAUGGACUCAAAUGCGGCGGAGGUGCUUUUUAAAGUUAAAUCCCGCGUGUGAAUGCGGGGCUUAAUUAUCCGAUAUCGAGCAUUUUUCCGACUCGUCGGGGUUUGUAACGCCUUACAUUAUCCGCUCGGCGGAUAAGACGGACAUCUUGACGUCUGUCAUCUGCACUUGACAAAAUGUCAUCUUCGAGACAACGUACAAUAAUAAUACGCGGCAGAGUCCACGGAGAGUGAAAUCGAAAAGUCUCGAAAAAAGAAACCGUUUCGUCACAGUCACUUGAGUCGCAAGUUCCUUUGAAAGUUUCGGUUCGAGGUGUAAUUGCCUGUUGCAAACGUAUGCUUGUGGCAAGAGAGGGAGAAAAGCGCGAUUUCUCAAAAAGAUCGCGCGUACAAACGGAAUAGCAAGUACUAACCGCUCGUGUACAAGACGCAUACUAACUUCGCGCGAGGAAUCUCAAAGACAAGCGCGGCACAAAAAAUAUGGAAAAAUGAAGGUGUAUUAAAAUGCGUCACAGUCGAUUGUCAUAAUAAUACUUCACGAUACCUUCUCGUCAGAGUGUUGUCACAGAUAAUUAAAACCCCCAUUAUACAUGGCGAUUACAGAAGUUUCGCACAAAGAAAACGUUCUAUCGCAACUAACGAGAGGAAUUCCCCAAGAAAGAAAGUUGCGAGUUCACGACUUGAAAAAAACAAAAAAACAAAAAACAAAAAUAAAAUUAUCCUAGUCUCAUGUGUAUUCAUGACCGGAACCGCGGAUAAUGCCCGGAGUCCUCGCGCAUCGUAUUUUACAUAUGUGGAAUAUUAAUUCUCGUCAUUCGUAUGCGAUGUACGCAAUAUCGCCGCGAACGCGCGCGCGUACCGGUGGAAUGUCACACAGGUGCAAGUCACUCAAGAAAGUGCAUUAUGGACUGUGCGUGUAUAUAUGUGACGGCGUGCAUAAAUAAAUUAUGUUUCACGUCGCUCUCGGAGCUGCUAACAGACACAAAUCAUCGUUCCUAAUUACGUGAAAAUCCUGGGAAUGUUGGACUGGAAGGUGAAUCGGAUUAGAGAUUAAAAAAAAAAACAAAAAACAAAAAAAAACACUUGCUAUUCAGGGAAAGUAUAUACAUGACGAUCGAACGUAAAGAAAACAACAUUGUAGUGUGUGUGGCCAGUAAAAUGAAUUCCUACGAUAAAUCGACGUGAUCAUUUUUAUUUGCAACUAAUUAACAAAACAAUGCUAAUUAAAAUACGUAAUUGCGAAAUAUAACAAUGUUUAUCUACUAUAAGUAUGUAAAAAAAUUAAACUUACCAAAUUCGGGAAAUAAAUCUUUAGCGCAUUUUGUUGUUACGAUCAAUUCUGCGUCGAUUUAUUUAUUUAUAUGCAAAAUAUAUAAACAAAACAAAAAUAAAUCAGGCAGUAGUGAAUAAAGAGAACAUCUUUUCGGACGAACAUUUUUCCAUCACAAGGAUUAUCUCAUCAAUUAAAAGUAAAUCUAAUUCCACGUUUAGGCAUUAAAUCAUAAGUAUGGAAAAACGGUUUUUUGGCACAAAGACAAGUGCCUAGACCGGGGGGAUUUGAGCCGGAGCCUUUCCGGUCGUUAUUCUUAAACACUUCAAGCCUCCCGCGAGUUAUGUAAUAUUUAUUUGCUUAUAUAUACACACACACACACGCUCGUAUACGUAUAUAUUUUAUAACCAGCAGUUAGAACAAGCAGUUUGCGGUGUGUUGCUCUUUGUCUUCUUCGCUACCGCGCGCGACAUCGUAUUUUUGUCGUAGUAACUUCAAAGGCGAAAGGCGACAUUUCGCAAGUAACAGAGCGUGCCGCUUCACCAUUCCACCCACGUUUUCCCGCACAUAGAGCCAGUCGCUCAUCUGAAAGACAAACACCGGUGGCGACACACUGGGCGCAAUAAUAUAAAAAGACGAAUGUAAAAGAGAGACUGUGACUGGAUUUGAUGUAAGAUACUGUGAAAAACUGUGCCGCGAUGUCGUCGAGUGGUGAAUUUUCGACAUUGUCGAGCGGCGAGGCCACCGGAACCGGCGAGGAUUCGUUGCCGAGCUCGAGGGAAGCGACCGCCGAGGUCGCGGGUUCCGGCGGUGGUUUCAUGCCGCUGCGCGAGUUCCUGGACAGAUUUUCUCUGCCGAGGGUGGUCAGGGUCGAAGGUGCCGGUGGAAGGCCGAUACUUCUGUAUAAGCAACAACAGAGAUCGCUCAGAGUCACGGCUACGCUGCUGAUGCAUCGUUACCGUCACGACGUCAAAGUGGGACCGGAAAUAGUCAUCCCGGAAGGCUAUCCUGGCUGGUUCUCGGUGGUCUCCAACAACAGCGGCACCGGAAACGCCAGAGUGUACAGAAGAGUCGGCGCGUUGGUGCGCGCCGGAGUGCCGGCGUUUCUGCUCGCGAAACCAUUGAGAGCUUACACAUUGACGCACUCCAAAAUGGAGAACGGGAACUUGAGGGCCCACUACACGAAGACGACGGUGCGCGCCGGCGAGGUCCUGCGGCUGACCGCCGUCUUUCAGGACACUCGUCGGGCCCCGGUCUCCGGCAACGUGUCCGGUAUGGUCCCGGAGGGCAAAUGCUCGAGAUCCUCGGAGAGGGAUCAGUACGCCCAGUGCCUGGACUCUCAUGGGCACGAGCUGUUCGCGCCGCUCUCGGCCAGGGGCGAGUUCUACGCGACUUGUCAGAGCGGCAGUCUCGACACUGGCAGCGACGCGGUACUCUACAGGGUUCACCAGCUCGCCAGGAGGGAUCUUCCCCUGAGGGUGCGUCUAGUCGCCGGACCUCUGCCCAUACCAUUGCCGCGAGAUUACAGUGGCCUGAUGCAGCUGGAGAACGCGACCAGAGGACCCAUAGUUCUCGGCUGCGCGGUGCCUCUGCUGCCCGAGAGACCUAUGCCCAAUACCACGGUGCCGGAACUCCUGGAGCUCGUCGCCACCGGUCCAACCGCUCCUCGGGUGAAAAGAGCACGACUGGGAUGUCCUUCGGAGGCGCGGUUGCUCGCAUCGCCGAAGAUGCAGCGAUUGCUCUCGGCUUGCAGAAGAGCCUUAGACCAGCGGGCGACCGAGCCGCGAGUCGCUCCGCCGAAACCAGCGUCCAACAACGGCCAGCUGAAGGAGCUGCACUUGAAGGAGAUCAAGACGAAACCUGAGGCGAAACCGAUACUGCAGAGUCUGAAGGAAGGUCUGGAGCACAUCAAGAAAACGACGAUUCGUGAUCGGAGCAACAGCCGCAGCAGCAGUAAUAACAACCACAGCUUCCUCGACAGGAUUUCGAGGAUAGCGCAGGGUGGCAGAAGCAGAAACCCGGCGAAGAAGUCCGCGUCCUUCACGUUCGCCGUACGACCGGAGAUCGGGAUGCGAUCGCCGGAGAGAUACGCCAGUUUGGAAUCGGAAACGAAUCUGACGCAUGCGUCGCAGGCGUCCAGGCAGCAGGUUCAGCGUUCGAUCUCGACGAGCGUACUCGAGGUGCACACCAACAGUCCGGAUUUGGAUCCGCCGUAUUCUAAAGUAAGAGACAGCCUGACGCCAUUGCCUCCCACGCCGCCGCCGAGAUUGGAAGAGAUCUACGCCGAAAUCUGCGAACUCGGCAGCAGUCCGUUGAGAGACUCGCCGUCAAAAGAAGAGAAACCACCUCCCGUGGGAAGAAACGGUACCAAAGAGCAAGAUCGGGAUUACGUGAAGCUCGCGUUGUCCCAUCCCGAGGUGUUCGAGGUCUCGACUAGCGUCAGCGACGACGAGGAGAGCAUUUAUAACACCGUGUGCUGAAUGCGCGCGCCUUCUUCCGUCGGAAUAAAACCAACAUCCGCGGGGAAUCGUUCGCGACUCGCCGUAACUGACUUCAGGGUCGACCGGAACAAAUGGCGUGACGGGUGAGGAGUCGAGAGGUCGCGGGAACUCGUCGGCUCGGCUGCGGAUAUAUCGAUGAACGUUCGUUCGCAGGUGAGGUGCGAGAGUUAUUGGCGAGUUUAAAGAUCGUUUAGAAAUCGUUUAACGUUCGAGAACGGUCGAGAGAUCGGUUUUGACGAUAUAAAAAACAGAGGAAAAAAUCACAUCUUUGUUAAAAAUGCAAUUUUUAUUUAAAAAAAAAAAAAAAAAACACUUGCUCUAUUAUCGUGUGUAAAAUUGCUCUUCUCUAUAACUCACCGAUGUAAACUACCGAUUCUCAAUCGUUCUAAGAAUAUUACGCGCUUUCCGGGUCGGGGAAGAAACGCGAAGAGACGAAAAAAAAGGGGCGACGUAUAUCGAUCGCGAGUUGACGAGAAUCGGAAUUUACGGCUCUCGCGGCCGUUAGUUUCUUUCGCCGCGGGAGAAUCCUCCCGGCGUCGCGGAGUCGGCGACGCGAACGUCCACCACGGGGGUUUCGCGCCGAUCCGCGAGUUCGCGCGCGCGCGCACGGAAUGAUUUACAAGGCUGUUGACCGAGGAAAAUGAUCCCGUAAUUACGGACCCCGGUACAUGCUGCUGCAGCGGAUGUUAGCGGGGCACGCUGGCCGGUGAUAGCACGCAGCAGCACUUCUUCGCGGCUUCCGUCAUUAGAGAAUCUGUCGUCUCGCGGGAGGCGUGUUUAAUAGUAGCGGGUACCGCGAUUACCUCGGCCAUGGCCGUUGAGUGACAUUGAUGUCGGAAAAAACGCACUCGCUCGGAAGAUCGGCUCUCGGAAAAUAUCGGCUAGCUAGAAUCUGCCGUUAGAAAAAUUAUGAAUAGAUUCUAAUGAUGUUAAAUAACACAUUAACAGAUUGGUUUUUUUUUUUUUUAUUAUAUUUACACAUUUUGAAAAAUUUUAAUUUUAAGUAUUUUAAAAGUUGAUUUUAAACAUAUUGAAAAUCUAAACAUCUUAAACGUAGUUUUAGAUGCGAAUAAUUCAUAUUUACGGAAUUAAAUUUAGUUCUUUUCAUUUCCGUAUAAAUGACGCAAGAGCGCGGGAGAAACUUUCUGAUUGAGCGCGCGAUAACGAUUUAUAUAUAUGGCCAUAUUACGGAGUCGUACGAAAGUAACACAUAAAGCAGAUCGUUGCAGCGUCGAUCUAAAACUUUCCGAACACGUUCGGUGCGUCAUGAAGCGCGCAACUGACGCGGAGAAAUUGUCGGUAGAAUGUAAAACGAGCCGGUCGGCAAUUUUCAGGAGGAAGGAACUUUACUGACGUCCUUCGCGAAGGUCUAGGUCACAUCGUCGGGAUCGUUUCUCGGAUUUCGAACGGCGAGUUAGAUCGACGACGGUAGAAAUCAUAGCCGAGUCUGUGUUUGCCAGAGCGAUAUUUUGCGACGAUUAAUCCGUUUCGUUAUGCUCUGCGGCAUUUGGUUGUACCUUUGUGUGUACAAUGACCCCGAAGUUACGCGCGCACUCGCGCCCGAUUGCGUGACGUUACGCGAUUGGCUGUUAAACGCGUGAUUACAAACCUCGCCGGCACAUAUAGCAGAAGUAUAUAUUGCGUUUCGAAGCGCUUCGAGGAAACCGGGAGAUCUCUCUCUCCUCGUGCGUUUCUUCGCGCGUUGCGAUCUCUCGCUCUCUCUCUCGCAUGGCGGAACGCUUGGAACUGCCAGUCUCCGGCCGCUGGAGCGAGGAUGAUGAAGAAAAGGGCGCAAAAAUCGCGAGAAACGACGGACGAAGAUGCGUCUAAUGGGAAAUAUCCGCGGGAAGAACGCGGAGGGAAACCUCUCCGGGACUCUCUCUCUCUCUCUCUCUUGCGCGCGAUUCUCUGAGAGGAGAUCCUAAAGGAUGUGAUUUUUCUGUCUAAUUCGACGCUCUCUCGAAUUAGACAAAAGCGCGCGCGCGAUAACAAUGUAAUAUUUGCAGAUUUAUGUAUAUGUGAAUGGGGAGUCGUUGUGAAAAUAAAAGUGAAAUGUGUUUCUACGACGACGAAAUGUAUCAUUGAGCACACAUACACACACACACGCACACAAAUCCCUCCUCGAUUUCCGUUAACAACACAUUAAAGCAAGAUCAUUUAGCCUGCGGCAAAUGAUGCGUGUAAGACAUUUUUUUAAAAUCUCAAUAAAUAUUAAUGUAAUAUAGUUUUUUAUAGUUUGAUAACA